UCACAUAUAUGCGGCCGUGCAGGCCACGUUUUGCAUGGGCACGAGAGCUCAUUCAUUUGAAUGGACUCCCCUGUCACGCAGGGAAGAAGUCCCUGCACUUCUUUGGAAAAUGCAGGCCGCACGGUAACCUCGGUUCCCAGUACGGUUGCGUUUUCCAGUGCGGCCAGCAUGCCAUUAGAACUAAUGGCACCCACCCGCGGGUCCACAUUUCUCUGUGCGGGUGGUGUGGCUGCACAGAUUUUCAUGCGGAUCCGCAGCGGCACCACCCGCACAGAUGUGAACCUAGGGUAAUAAUGCUU